AAAAAAACCCUAAAAAAAUAAGAAGAACAAAAAAAACAAUGGCCAUAGCUUAUUUUAUACCAGAUCAGGCACAAUUGCUGGCCCGAAGUAAUCAGCAAAGUAAUGGUCAACAGGCCAACAACAAUUCUACAGAGUCAAAUAGAAGAAGUCCAUCGGCAACCUCACGGCAGCAACAACAGGAACAGCAACAACAACAUCGUUCACAAUUUCGCGCCAACAUCACUGUGCCUCUGGGCAGUCAGCAAGGAGCCAUGUCCAUGUCUGAAUUUGGCUGCUGGGAGCUAUUGGCCCAAAUUUUUUGCUAUGCUUUGCGACUCUAUAGCCAUCAGCCCCGUCGGUCGACAGUCAUACAGAUUUCCUUUGAGAUAUGUCCUGGCUCAGAAGAAACAGCAACACCAACAACAACAACCGAUCCAGUUGCAGUUCCACGAGAUAAUGACGACGAAGGUGAUGUGACUGAUGAUGCCAAUUUGAGUGGAAAGCAAGAUUAAAUCGUUUUGUUUUUUUAACGAUUACUUGCACAGAUUCUUUGAAUGUUUUUCUUAAAAGAAAGCAACAUUUUUUUUUUACGAAUGGUCCAAAACAUUUUUUUGGUGGCAGCUCAAUCAAAGCGCAUUGUGAUUUCCCGUCGUCGUUUUUUUUUUUUUUUGUUUU